AUGAAGACUCGAGGCUGUGUUUCAUCUUCCAAGUCCGUGAAGCCUCAGCAGGAGACACUUCCUGAAUCUGUUCCCACUGCCACUCUUUCGGUCCCAGCAUCAAUCCCUGCUAUCUCUCCUACUCCAGGGCGUCGUUCUAAAACCACAGCAAGAAAGAAGGUUCUUGCUCUUUCUGGUCCUAUAAGUUCAUCAGUUCUUGGUGCUUCUAGCAAAGGAGUUACGUUCACGAAUUUGGAUGCUGAGCCAAUUCCAGCCUCGGCGGUUUCACUCGCCUCUCCCAAAGGUCAAAUAAAAGCCAAACCGGCCUUGGCAACUAGUCAGUCCAAAUCAACUUCCACUGAAGAUGUGUCUGUUUCCUCUGAUCAUGACUCUGAAUCCUCACUAUCACCUGAUGUGUUGACACCCAAGGCAAAGGGCAAACGUAAGUCCAAAGCUGUUGGGUCGAAGAAAGGGAAAAGGGCCAAAGUGGAAAAAUCUAAAGGUACCAGCUCCAUCUAUGAUUCAUCUCCUUUAUCUCGUUUUAAAUUAAAGGCCAACAUCAAUCCUCCCCCAUGCACCUCAUCGGAGGAUCUCUCUCCCGAGACGGAAGACUCUCAGCCUGAGUUGGACCCUUCUUUGACCGAGCCAAAUCCUGAAGUUCCUCUUGAUGAUUUGGCUGAGGAGACUGACUCUGAAGAAGACCCAUCUGAAGCCUCUCCUGUUGCAUCGAACCCAAAAGGCACCACUCCAUUGGCAUUUCCCGAAUUGUCUUCCAAACUUGCGAAGCAAAAAGGUGCUCCUAUCCGUACCUCAGAGGACCAAGUUUUGUCUGAACUGGUCAUUUACAAACUUUUGGACUCUCAACGUCCUCUGAAGAAGUCUCAUGAGACCUUGACUUCUCCCCUGGUUGGUCCCACCUAUACAGUCAAAGAUGAUCAUCCUCCAUCCACAACUUGGAAAGUCAAAGGAAUUAAUCUUGCUGGUCCUGCUUCUCGAAAUGUUGUGACCGAAGCUCUUGCUGUCCCGACUGAUUUUGCUGCUGUCUAG